GACAGUGCCUUUUUAAGUCUGGGGGAGCGGGAGGUUGGUUUUCUUUUUCACCCUUCUCCUGUUCGGCGUGUAUCGUUUAUUCCCGUGGAAUAGCCGAGAGUUUGUAAAUAUAUUUAUUUAUUUUUGUAACUUUGAAGACAUUCAAUUCAUCUCCUAAAAAUGGAAACAAUCUUCAGCCUAGGGAAAGUAAUUUUUCUGUUUUGCUUUGUAGCCGUUUUACCUUCUGAACUUGAGAAGCAGAGUCUUUUCAAAGAUGACACCAUUUCUGAGCUCCUGGAGGAUGAGAAUGGCACUGUAAUUGACGAUACCUCUGUUAAGUUUCGUUUGAAGACCACCCAUGAGGGUGAGAGUCAUGGGUGCUUGCUCAGCCUGGGCCAGCGAGAUUGUCUUGACGAGUGUGGCUUCAAUGCAACAGCAAAGACGUUCUUUGUGGUUCAUGGUUGGACUAUUAGUGGACUGUUGCCAGAGUGGUUUGAAAAACUGGUGUUUGCUCUACAGCAGCGUGAGAGAGAUGCCAAUGUUGUUACCGUAGACUGGCUUGUCCUUGCUCAUCAGCACUACCCCAAUGCAGUCAACAACACCAAAGCUGUCGGAAGCACUAUUGCUCAUUUUCUUGACUGGUUACAGGUGGAACUCAAUAUUUCUCUUCAGAACAUUCACAUCAUUGGCUACAGUCUAGGAGCCCAUGUUGCAGGCUUUGCCGGCAAUUAUGUGAAUGGGACCAUUGGACGAAUAACUGGUCUUGACCCAGCAGGACCCAUGUUUGAAGGAGUUGAAGAUCACAAGCGCUUAUCUCCAGAUGAUGCAAACUUUGUAGAUGUACUGCAUACUUACACACGUGAGGCUCUGGGUGUCAGCAUUGGUAUCCAGCAGCCCAUUGGCCAUAUUGACAUUUACCCAAAUGGUGGGGAUAUUCAGCCUGGUUGUGGCUUAACAGAAAUGCUGACCACCAUUUCAGCAGGAGCAUUUGGAGAGGUGGUACAAUGUGAGCAUGAGCGAUCAGUCUUCCUCUUUGUUGACUCCCUUCUUCACAAAGACCAUGAGAGCAUUGCUUAUGAAUGUACAGACCCUGGGCGGUUUAAGAAGGGAAUCUGCUUGAGCUGCCGAAAGAACCGGUGUGGUAAACUGGGAUACAAUGUUAAGAAAAGAGCACGUAGGAACAGCAAGAUGUACCUUAAAACACGGGCCGACAUGCCUUAUGCAGGGUAUCACUACCAGAUGAAGAUGCAUGUCUUCAGCAAAGUUGACAUGGAAGAUAAAGACCCAUCACUCUUUGUUAAACUUAGUGGCUCCUUUGAUGAAUCUGAAAAUAUGCCAGUUCAGCUUCCAGACAGCCUUGGUUUGAACUACACCAACUCUUUCUUGGUCUUCACUGACCUGGACCUUGGAGAGCUACAUGAGAUCAAGUUAAAAUGGGAGGGCACAUCUUGGUCUUGGACUUCCAUGUGGAAGAAGAUGAAGACUUUAUUUUAUGAAGACCCAAACAAGAACAGAGUCCUUGAAGUCCGACGCAUUAGAGUGAAAGCUGGAGAAACUCAGAAAAAGUAUGUUUUCUGUGCCAAAGAGCCAUCUGUAACACACAUCACUCCAGGGAGCGAGCUCACAUUUGUAAAAUGUGCUGAUGGCUGGGAACCGAAGCAUCGGAAAAGGCAAUACUUCUAAUAUGAAGGAUGAUGCACUUUUUGGGUACAACUGAGCCAAGACCAAGUGGAUAUUCUCCUGUCCCCAACACUUCUGUGUCUUUAGUUUACCAUUCUGAGGGAUGAAACCAGGAGACAAUGUCCACCCAGUUCAAUGGGAUGUCUCAUGAGCUGUGGCCAUUUAAAACUUCAUAAAAGGCACUUAUCACUCUUGAACUGAACCUUGAACCAAUAUACUGUGUAUAUAUUGCAUUUUUAUGGUCAAAUGUGUUCAUAAACCACAAUUCUACUUAAUUUAUUUGUUAUUGCUCUGUAUAUAUGUAAAUACCUGUUUUGUUCAGUGUGGGUUUUUGUAAAUUGUUCUGAUCUACAAUAGUCCUUUGACUCUGUUUCUGAAAGCAAUGUCUGCUGUAACAGGAUACCUGUCCUCCUUUUUCACCUUGAAGUCUGCACUCAUCUGUAAUGAACUGGAAAGGGGAGCAUCCCUUAAAGUGAAUUGUGGCUCUUACAGUUGCAGCCAAGAAACGGGUUAACCAGAACUGGAGUGCCUCACUGGCAAAGCUCUGAGAAGUGCCUGUUCAAGCCAUGUGGGUUACAUCGGCCCACUGUACUCUUAAUCGGUGAAGCCAGCUGGGCCAGGGCUGCAGCAUAGCAAACUUGACUUUCCCUGAACAUCUGCUUCCAUUACUACUCAAUCAUUUAUAAUACUUUUAGAGUACAAUUGCUUGGAUGUCUAGUUCCAGUGCCAGCUUUUAGUACCUUUUUAGGACCACGUUAUUACCAGCAAGAUUGGGUUAUAGUGUAGCACAUGUCCGAAGGGAAUGAACCAUUUUACUGUUCCUUUGUUUUUAGACAGCAUGGCUGGGGAAGGAUAACCAUGAAAUUGAAGUUCCUACUUUCCAAAGGUCAUGGAGGUGGGAUAUAUUCCUCUGUUUAGAUUUUAUUGCUGUGAAUAUCACCAGCCAUUAACUUAAUCUACUAAUGAAGGCUUGGUACUCAAAUCAUACUUGUAUAUUCUUAGUUCCUCCUAAAUGGCCUAUAAGUCACUAGAAAUGCUCCUCAUCCCAACAUCUAAUGCACUGAAAUGAAAUGUCGUUGUAACAUUUAAAUCUCCCACCCUGCACUCUGUAAAUGCAGUGGAGGGCUUGUUGAAGUAGCAAUGGUGUACGGCUUUGGCUCUUUCUGCACAUUCCAUGGCUUCUAUUUCAGGGCAGCUACUCAAGCUGGCCUGUGAGGACAGAAGUGUCCUGCUGCUUUUCUUAUCGGAGUGAAAAUGACUGAAAGUGUUUAAAGUUCUAAUAAAGUAUAUUUAUUGAAUAUUUAA